AUGAGGUACCCGUCGAAUCUAAACAAGGAACCACGGACUGGAAUCUGGUAUAACAGUGAGACAAACAACGACAAAAAUGUAGCCUUACACUCCAAGAAUGCCAGGAAAGAAUCAACAAAGUUUCGCCAUCGGACCCGGCUGUCAGGAGAUCUGGGAGACAGCGACUGUUCCCUGGUUAUAGACGACGUCACGCUGCAAGAUGCAGGUCCUUAUUUUUUCAGAGUUAAUUUUGGAGGGGGAGAUCGUUUCAACUACCACCCUCCAGUAACACAGCUCCAUGUUACUGAUUUCACAGAUAAACCCAGGAUAUUCUCUGCUGAAAUGGUGGCAGGUCAUCCUGUGAACGUGACCUGCUCCUUCAACACCACAUUUAAUGGAACAACACCCACCCUAACCUGGGUCACCCGCACUGGUGAACCAUCUUCAGCCUCACACAGAGUAACUCAGUGGGGAGACACUUGGACAUAUACUUCUGUUCUGUCCCUGACCCCAGCGCUCAAACAUCACGGGCAAAACCUCACCUGCAGAGUCACAUACCCAACUGUCUCAUCCUCACAGAUCCUCACACUGAAUGUGCAAUACGCCCCCCAGAAUCUCUCAAUCACUUCCCCCCGACAACGUGAACAGUUCCUGGGUCAGUGUAAAGGAAGGAAACUCUGCAGCGAUCCUCUGCUCAGUCCAGAGUUUGCCAACAUCUAUUCCUGGGUCAGUGUAAAGGAAGGAAACUCUGCAGCGAUCCUCUGCUCAGUCCAGAGUUUGCCAACAUCUAACCUGACGUGGAGACAUCUCGGUGUCACGCUGAACACAACACGUUCCAGCAACAAGCUCUGGAUGGAGUUCCCUCAGCUGACACGGCAGGAUGCUGGGGUCUAUCAGUGUGUGGCAGAGAAUGAACACGGGACAGUAGAGAGGGAUGUGACCCUCACUGUAGAAUGUGAGUAGAUACACACUGACAUGUCUAUAAACACAGAUGGAUUAUUGGCCCAUGAAAAAUGCUGGAAUUCACUGUGCACACGCACACUCACACCUACUCACAGUCUUCCUCUCUCACACACCCACACACAUUCUCUCUGUCCCACACAUGAACACCAUCACUCACACACACUCUCAAACACAUACACACUCUGUCUCUCUCACACACUCACCCUCUCUCACACAUACACACGCUCCCAUCUCCCCCUUCUCUCUCCCCCUCCUCUCUCUCCCCUCUCUCUCAUCCUCUCUCUCUCCUCUUCUCUCUCCCCCUCUUCUCUCUCUCUCACCCAUUCUUCAGAGUGCAUCUGAAUGAUCUCGGCACGAAACGUCACUCAUUCCUUCUCUCCAGAGAUGCUGCCUGUUUUGUGCGUGGGAGCUUGGGUGCGUACUACAAGCACCGAGAAGGUAAUAAAUAAAACGUCUGUCCCUGCGGUGGGAAAUAACUGCAGAAACUGGUUUAAAUCGAAGAUAGACACAAAAUGCUGGAGUAACUCAGCGGGACAGGCAGCAUCUCUGGAGAGAAGGUGACGUUUUGGGUCAAGAAGGGUCUCGACCUGAAACAUCACUCAUUCCUUCUCUCCAGAGAUGCUGCCUGACCCGCUGAGUUACUGAUUCAAGAAUGUCUGUAAUUGUGCGAGGCUAGUUUGCCCAACUAACUCGGCAAAGGUUUAUAAUGAAUUAGCAGAGAGUGAAAACCUAGAACAGAGAACAGCACGGUAGAGGAACUGGCCCUUCGGCCCACAAUGUCUGUGCCGAACAUGAUGCCAAAUUAAUCUCCUUUGACUGAACAUAAUCUGGAACUCUGCAUUCUCUGCAUGUCCAUGUGCCUAUCUAAAGGCCACCAAAACACCACCAUCAUCGCUGCCUCCACCAUCACUCUCUGGGUUAAAAACGAUCCCCACACAUUUUAGAUCUCAUUAAGUUUAGAGAUACAGCGCGGAAACAGGCCCUUCAGCCCACCGAGUCCGUGCCGACCAUCGAUCGCCCAUUCACACACCGGUUCUAUGUAUAGUUUAGAGAUACAGUGCAGAAACAGGCCCUUCAGCCCACCGAGUCCAUGCCGACCUGCGAUCCCGCACACUAGGGACAAUUUUACAUUUACAGCAAGCCUAUUACCCUACAAUCCCGUACGUCUUUGGAGUGUGGGAGGAAACCGAAGCUCUCGGAGAAAUCCCACGCAGGUCACGGGGAGAAGGUGCAAGCUCUGUACAUACAACGCAUGUAGUCGGGAUCCAACCCGGGUCUCUGGCGCUGUGAGGCAGCAACUCUACCGCUGUGCCACCGUGCCGCAACCUUUCAGCUUUCCCCCUCUGACCUUAAUUUA